AUGCAGUCCUCCCCAGGAAUGUUGACCAAGUUUGAGUCGAAGUCGUCCAGGGCCAAAGGAAUCGCGUUCCAUCCGAAAAGACCAUGGAUUCUCGUCGCCCUUCACUCCUCCACAAUCCAGCUCUGGGAUUACCGCAUGGGCACGUUGAUCGAUCGAUUCGAGGAGCAUGAUGGUCCGGUCCGCGGCGUCGACUUUCACAAGACACAGCCGCUCUUUGUAUCCGGUGGCGACGAUUACAAGAUCAAAGUCUGGUCGUACCAGACCCGGCGAUGUCUCUUCACACUCAACGGCCAUCUCGAUUACGUGCGAACCGUCUUCUUCCACCACGAGCUUCCAUGGAUUCUGUCCGCCUCCGAUGACCAGACCAUCCGAAUCUGGAACUGGCAGAACCGUAGCUUGAUUUGCACCAUGACCGGCCAUAACCACUAUGCCAUGUGCGCCCAAUUCCACCCCAAGGAAGAUCUCGUGGUCUCGGCCUCGCUUGAUCAGUCAGUUCGUGUCUGGGACAUCUCCGGGCUUCGGAAGAAGCACUCCGCACCGACUUCCAUGAGCUACGAGGACCAAAUCGCGCGUGCGAACCAAAAUCAAACGGACAUGUUCGGCAACACCGAUGCCGUCGUCAAAUUCGUCCUGGAAGGCCACGACCGUGGAGUCAACUGGGUAGCUUUCCAUCCUACCAUGCCCCUGAUCGUUUCGGCCGGCGACGAUCGCCUAGUCAAGCUCUGGCGCAUGAGUGAAACCAAGGCCUGGGAAGUCGACACGUGCCGCGGGCACUUCCAGAACGCCUCAGGCUGUCUGUUCCACCCCCAUCAGGACCUGAUUCUGUCCGCCGGAGAGGAUAAGACGAUACGUGUCUGGGACCUCAACAAGAGGACUGCUGUGCAAUCCUUCAAGAGGGAGAACGACCGCUUCUGGGUUAUUGCGGCUCACCCCGAGAUCAACCUGUUCGCAGCCGGCCAUGACAAUGGUGUCAUGGUUUUCAAGCUGGAACGCGAGCGCCCUGCCUCGGCAGUCCACCAGAACACUCUCUUCUACAUCACCAAAGAGAAGCACGUCAAGUCCUACGAUUUCCAAAAGGAUGUGGAGAGCCCGACGCUGCUGUCGCUCAAGAAGCUUGGAAGCCCCUGGGUUACUCCUCGGACCCUGUCUUACAAUCCCGCUGAGAGGUCUAUCCUCGUAACCACCCCUAACGAUGGUGGUUCUUACGAAUUGGUCAACCUUCCCAGAGAUGGCUCUGGCGCUAUUGAGCCGUCAGAGUCCAAGCGCGGGUCGGGCAACUCCGCCAUCUUUGUCGCCAGAAACCGCUUCGCUGUCCUCAACGUUGCCAACCAGACGAUUGAUAUCAAGGAUCUGUCAAACAACACAGCUCGUUCGUUCAAGCCUCCGGCCGGGACUACUGAUAUCUACUUUGGAGGCACGGGCAAUCUUCUCAUCAUCACACCCACGACUGUCUAUCUGUACGAUAUCCAGCAGAAGAAGACUACCGCAGAGCUUUCCAUCAACGGCGUCAAGUACAUUGUGUGGUCCAACGACGGCCUUUACGCCGCCUUGUUGAGCAAACACAACGUGACCAUUGUCACAAAGACACUCGAGCAAAUCAGCACUCUGCACGAGACUAUUCGCAUCAAGAGUGCCACUUGGGAUGAUGCGGGCAUUCUUCUCUACUCGACCCUGAACCAUGUCAAGUAUGCUUUGCUCAAUGGCGACAAUGGUAUCGUUCGGACUCUUGAUCAGACCGUCUACCUCGUGCGCGUCAAGGGCCGCAACGUCUAUUGCUUGGAUAGAGCAGCGAAGCCUCGCAUUCUGCGCAUCGACCCGACGGAGUAUCGCUUCAAGAUGGCCUUGGUCAAGCGAAACUACGAAGAAAUGCUUCACAUCAUCCGCACUUCCAGCCUUGUUGGCCAAUCCAUCAUUUCUUACCUCCAGAAGAAGGGUUACCCCGAGAUUGCGCUGCAGUUUGUCCAGGACCCGACAACUCGAUUCGAUCUGGCAAUUGAAUGCGGCAAUCUGGAAGUUGCUGUGGAGAUGGCCAAGGAACUGGACAAGCCCAAGUUCUGGACUCGACUGGCUACUGAAGCACUUUCCCACGGCAACCACCAGAUUGUGGAGAUGUGCUACCAGAAGCUGAAGCAGUUCGACAAGCUGUCGUUCCUCUAUUUGACAACAGGCGACCACUCGAAGCUUGCUCGAAUGGCCAAGAUCGCAGAGCAUCGUGGAGACUUUACCGCGCGAUUCCAGAACGCCCUGUACCUUGGCGAUGUCGAGGACCGCAUUCAGAUGCUGAAGGAGAUUGAUCUCUAUCCCCUUGCGUAUACUACGGCCAAAUCCCACGGGCUGGAGGAAGAAUGCGAAGCUAUCCUCGAGGCCUCUGGUCUCACAGAAGAGCAGCUAACCAUGCCUGCGUUGGGCAAGCCGUUGGUGCCACCGAAGCCCGUGGUGUCGACCUUCAAGAGCAACUGGCCCACCAAGGCUAGCUCACAGUCUUACUUUGAGAGCGCUCUGCUUGGCCAGGUUGAAGGCUUGUCACUGGAGGAUGAGCCAAGUGCUGCCAACGGCGUCGACGCCGAGCAUGCCGCAAAGGACGAACCGGCAGAGAAUCUCAUUGCUAUCGCUGGCGAAGACGAUGACGAUGCAGCAGGCUGGGAUAUGGGUGAUGACGAUGUCCCUGAGAUCGAGAACGACUUUGUGAAUGUCGACAGUGCGGAAGCCGGCGGUGCUGGAAGCUGUGAGGCUGAUGCCUGGGCACGAAACUCACCUCUGGCUGUUGACCACAUUGCUGGCGGCUCAUUUGAAUCAGCUAUGCAGCUCUUGAAUCGCCAGGUGGGCGCAGUCGAAUUCGGCCCCCUGAAGCCCCGAUUCUUGGAGGUCUAUCGAUCUUCCAAGACUUUCCUUCCGGCGUUGGCCAACCUGCCUCCCUUGGUCAAUUACGUUCGCCGUACUAUUGAUGAAACGGACCUACGAAAGGUUUUGCCCAUUAUCCCGCGCGAUCUUGAGCAUUUGGCCUCGAAUGAUCUGCAAAAGGGCUACGAUUCGAUGAAGGCGAACAAGCUGGAAGACGGCGUCAAGAUCUUCCAGGGUAUCCUGCAUGCUAUCUUGGUCAACGCCGUCUCCAGCGAAAGCGAAGUGUCGGAAGCCAAGAAGCUGCUUGCUUCAGCAAGGGAAUACACCAUUGCGAUGAACAUUGAGCUUGCCAGGAGAAACCUUGGCUCGGCCGAUGAGGUCGCCCAAGACCCCGCGAAACUGAAGAAGAGCUUAGAACUUGCUGCUUACUUCACCAUUCCCAAGAUUGAGGUGCCUCACAGGCAGAUUGCACUGCUAAGCGCUAUCAAAGUGGCAAUUAAGAGCAAGAACUAUAAUUCUGCUUUGGGCUUCGCGAACCGCAUCAUCGCGAAUGGAGGUUCGAGCAAAAUCGUCGAGAACGCCAAGAAGACGAAAGCUCAAUGCGAGAGAAACCCGACCGACAGCAUCGAGAUUGAAUUUGACCAGUUUGCAGAAUUUGAAAUUUGUGCCGCCAGCCAUACUCCCAUCUACAGCGGAGCCCCAUACGAAGAGUGUGCCUUUGAUGGCUCAAAGUAUCACUCGAGCUACAAGGGAUCUGUUUGUAGGGUGUGCGGAGUUUGCGAGAUUGGUAAGCACGGUAGCGGCUUGAGAUUGUUUUCAUAGACACAUAAUUUGGGCUUGGACUCGUUAAAAGGAGAGAGGGGGCUCAAAAGGGGCGCAACAGUAUCAUAGUCACGGAAUAUAACUGAAUGGCAUCGAAGGAUGUUGCCGGCCGCGAGGGUGCAGUGAUGGCGGGGAUCAGUGGAAAAGCCAUC